CCAGGCCGGCGUUGCUGGGUAACGGCGAGCGCGUGGCGCCGUGGAAGGUCUCGAAGUUUUCUGACCGUAGAUAGAAAGGUGUGCACACUGUUGGUCAGUAUAGUUAUCGAUUGCCUGGUUCUUUCUCCUGGUCUGUUCCCUCAAGACUGUUACCCUUCAAGAAUGGCAGAGGCCGUUUUCCAUGCCCCAAAGAGGAAAAGAAGAGUGUACGAAAGUUACGAGUCUCCACUGCCAAUCUCAUUUGGUCAGGACCCAGGUCCGAGGAAGGAACUCAGACUCUUCCGAGCUGAAAUGAUUAACAAUAGCGUGGUGGUGAGGAGAGCGGAGGACAUGGAGCAGCUUUACGGGAAGGGUUAUUUUGGGAAAGGUAUUCUUUCAAGAAGCCAUCCGAACUUCACGAUUUCCGAUCCCAAACUGGUUGCUAAAUGGAAAGAUAUGAAGACAGACAUGCCUAUAAUUACAUCGGAGAAGUAUCAGCGUCGCAUGGAAUGGGCUGCAGCUCUCAUGCAAAGACAGGGACAGGAGAAGAGCACAGUGUGCAAGAUCCUCAAGGACUACACAAAACCAAUUGUACAUUCUUGUAGAAAAGAGAAGGCAGAGGCUGAAUGGCAUGACAUGCUUAACUCUGAGGUGGUUUCCACCCUGGAUAGAACAAUGGAAACUGGGGAACCUUCUGCAACCAAUGGAGGCUGUGGCAAGUCAGGCGACCUACAGGAUCCCAGCACAUGCCCAGACUGCCAGGAGGAGUGCCCCGGGCUUGGAACACUCACUGCAGCUCACCUUGAUGGACACAUUGUAGAAGACAUUGCAGCUGUGCCCCAGGACCAUUGCCACCAACAGGACGCCCUCAUGCCCCAGGGUGACCUUCAGCCUGAGGACAGCAACCACCUAGCAAGUCUCCCCUGUUCAGGAGAGAGAGAGGCUGGCCAUGAGUAUGUGCUCGUAGAGGAAGAGCUCUGUGAUACACAUGACAGGGAGAAUGCCCUAGAUGAGGAGUCAGCGCAUGGAAAGAGAUUAGUAUGCAGAAGAAAUCCAUAUAGAAUCUUUGAGUAUUUGCAACUCAGCCUAGAAGAGGCCUUCUUCCUAGUGUAUGCUCUGGGAUGUCUAAGUAUUUACUAUGACAAGGAGCCUUUAACAAUAGUGAAACUCUGGCAGGCCUUCACAUCAAUCCAGCCCACCUUCAGGACUACCUACAUGGCCUACCACUACUUCCGAAGCAAGGGCUGGGUGCCCAAAGUGGGGCUCAAGUACGGCACAGAUCUGUUGCUAUAUCGGAAAGGCCCUCCAUUUUACCACGCAAGCUAUUCUGUCAUCAUCGAGCUGGUGGAUGACCACUUUGAAGGUUCCCUCCGCAGACCAUUCAGCUGGAGGUCCCUGGCCGCCUUGAGCAGAGUUUCAGUGAAUGUCUCUAAGGAGCUUAUGCUGUGCUAUUUGAUUAAGCCCUCUACCAUGACUGACAAAGAAAUGGAGACCCCAGAAUGUAUGAAGAGAAUUAAAGUUCAGGAGGUGAUUGUCAGCCGAUGGGUCUCUUCACGAGAGAGGAGUGAACCAGAUGAGCUUUAGCCAUCAACCUCGAUUCCUCCACUCACUAACAACCACUACUGAGUCUCCUACCAUAGCCAAGUUCAGGGCUAGGUUAAAAAAAAAAAAAGUCCUGAUAAGCUGAACUUACCUAAUAAAAAAUUACAAUCACACACACAAAAAAAGAAAAGUCCUGAGACAGGCGUGGUGGCGCACACCUUUAAUCCCAGCACUCGGGAGGCCAAGGAAGGAGAAUCACUGUGAGUUUGAAGCCACCCUGAGACUACAUGGUAAAUUCCAAGUCAGCCUGGGCUAGAGUGAGACCCUACCUCAAAAAAAAAAGUCCUUUUAUUGUAAUUACUCAUUAAUUUGACAGUUGUAAUCCUAGCAUGAUGGUGCAUGCCUUUAAUCCCAGCACUUGGAGGCAGAGGUAGGAGGAUCACUGUGAGUUCGAAGCCACCCUGAGAUUACAUAGUGAAUUCCAGGUCAGCCUGGGCUAGAGUGAGACCCUACCUCGAAAAAACAAAAAAGAAAAUCCAUUGAACAUCUGCCAAGAAUUUUCUGUAUCAUAGAAAGUCUUUAAAGCAUCAAUUGCUGAAUCACCUAAUUCUCAGUGAACUCAUCAUUUGGCAACUUUGAAUAUAGAACUCAAUAUUGUACAGUAUUAGCUAAAAAACUACAUCAUUUUAUAAAAUAAAAACAAGCAAUGAAAUAAUGUUUGGAGAAACAAUGAUUAAUUUACAUUUUUCAAAAUACAACAAGGAGAGCUGGGCGUAGUGGUGCACGCCUUUAAUCCCA